CUUCGUUCGGAGCGCGGUGCAAGAGGCUGGCUGGGGGCAGCUGGGUGGGGAGGUGCGCGGCAGCAUCUGCUUUUGCAAGGGGGCUGUUGGGGUUUGUCUGAGCGAGUUCCGACAUGAGUAACCAAGCGAUCAGCUUCCUUAAGGACUUCCUGGCUGGCGGGGUUGCUGCCGCUAUUUCCAAGACAGCUGUCGCUCCCAUAGAGAGAGUUAAAUUGCUGCUGCAGGUCCAGCAUGCCAGCCAACAGAUCACAGUUGAGAAGCAGUACAAGGGGAUCAUGGACUGCGUGGUGAGGAUCCCCAAGGAACAGGGCAUCAUUUCCUUCUGGAGAGGCAACCUGGCCAAUGUCAUCCGUUACUUCCCCACCCAGGCCCUCAACUUUGCCUUUAAGGACAAGUACAAGCAGAUCUUCUUGGGAGGAGUGGACAGGCACAAGCAGUUUUGGCGCUACUUCGCAGGGAACCUGGCCUCUGGAGGUGCUGCGGGAGCCACCUCCCUCUGCUUCGUUUACCCUCUGGAUUUUGCCAGAACCAGGCUGGCUGCCGAUGUGGGCAAAGGGCUGAGUGAGAGGCAGUUCACAGGGCUGGGCAACUGCAUUGCCAAGAUCUUCAAAUCUGAUGGCCUCAAAGGGCUCUACCAAGGAUUCAACGUGUCAGUCCAGGGCAUCAUUAUCUACAGAGCAGCCUAUUUUGGGGUCUAUGACACAGCCAAGGGUAUGAUGCCUGAUCCCAAGAACGUGCACAUCGUAGUGAGUUGGAUGAUUGCCCAGUCAGUCACCGCUGUAGCGGGACUGGUAUCCUAUCCUUUUGACACUGUCCGACGUAGGAUGAUGAUGCAGUCUGGCCGAAAGGGAGCUGAUAUUAUGUACAAGGGCACAAUUGAUUGUUGGAAGAAGAUAGCUAAAGAUGAAGGAGCCAAAGCUUUCUUCAAAGGCGCCUGGUCCAAUGUGUUGAGAGGCAUGGGUGGUGCUUUUGUAUUAGUAUUGUAUGAUGAGAUCAAGAAAAUUGUCUAAAGUAAAUAAAACUAUUCUCUUCAGUUGUGUAAUAUACUACUUGUGGUUUAAUGGACAACAAAAUAUUUCCUAGGGACAUGAAGAUGGCUGUCAUGGGGCAAAUCCAGUUCAGAGAAGGAUACAUAAUUGUUUUAAUGGUUGUCCAUUGGAUCAUAGUUAAAUUUUGAAUGAAAUGUCCUCCAAUACUUAUAUUGGAACCUGUGUAUAUAUUAAAUAUCUGCACAAUAUCACUAAUAUA